ACUUGUGAUGCACCCCCCGCAGGUAUUGGAGCAGUGUUUUCUCACUUAAUUAACGAUGGUACCGAGCGACCUAUAACUUUUGCUUCAAGGACACUGACAAAAACUGAGCAAAAGUAUGCGCAGAUUGACAAGGAAGCUUUUUCAAUAAUUUGGGGUGUCAAGAAGUUUCACAUGUAUAUUUUUGGCCGUCCUUUCACUCUAUACACAGAUCAUCAGCCAUUAACUUCAAUAUUUCAUCCGCGGAAGAGCAUUCACGUGGUCACCGCACCACGUCUUCAACGUUAUGCCUUGUUCCUGGCGGGCUAUGCCUACUUCAUUCAAUACAAGAACACUAAAUUUCACAGCAAUGCAGAUGGUCUUUCCCGCCUACCACUGGUAUCGGAAGCCAAAGAUGAGGAAGUGGUUGACCCAGUGGGUGUAUUUAAUUUGAUGCAGUUUGACCCUUUGCCAGUCACGGUGGACAACGUUAGACGAGAGACACAAAGAGAUCCUGUCUUGGCCCAAAUGCAUGAAAUGACCAGGAAGGGAUGGCCACACAACCAUGAGCCUGCACUCAACCCCUAUUUUGUUCGCAAAGAUGAGAUCACGUUACAAUCAGGCUGUUUGAUGUUGGGAAUAAGAGCAAUAGUACCCCCAAAACUACGCCCUCAAGUUCUCAAGGAACUUCAUCAGGGACAUAUGAGAGCCGUGAAGAUGAAGGCCCUGGCCCGAAGCUACACCUGUGUGUUUUUAGUGGUAGUGGAUGCAUAUUCACGUUGGCUGGAGAUAGAGAGAAUGAACACUACGACUUCAGCGAAAACCACUGAAACCCUUCAGAAGUUGUUUGCAAGAUAUGGCGUACCAGCCCAGUUAGUGAGUGAUAAUGGGCCUCAGUUCGCAUCAGAAGAGUUCCAGCAAUUCCUUAAGAGAAACGGCAUCAAACACAUCACCUCUACACCUUAUCACCCUGCCACCAACGGCCUAGCAGAACGUGCUGUCCAGAGUUUCAAGAAUGCCAAUGCCAUAAAGAGUGAAACUCCAGUGACAUCUUUGAACAUUAAUGUGUUUUUAGUGGUAGUGGAUGCAUAUUCACGUUGGCUGGAGAUAGAGAGAAUGAACACUACGACUUCAGCGAAAACCACUGAAACCCUUCAGAAGUUGUUUGCAAGAUAUGGCGUACCAGCCCAGUUAGUGAGUGAUAAUGGGCCUCAGUUCGCAUCAGAAGAGUUCCAGCAAUUCCUUAAGAGAAACGGCAUCAAACACAUCACCUCUACACCUUAUCACCCUGCCACCAACGGCCUAGCAGAAGGUGCUGUCCAGAGUUUCAAGAAUGCCAAUGCCAUAAAGAGUGAAACUCCAGUGACAUCUUUGAACAUUAAGUUAGCGAGAUUUUUGCUAACUUAUAGAAACACCCCCCACUCAACCACCGGAGAGCCACCGUCCCAGUUGUUUUUGGGAAGAACAUUAUGCACUCGACUGGACUUGUUAAAACCAGAUCUCUACAUCCAGGUAAACAACCGUCAGAUGGAACAGUCUGUUGCCAAGAGUGGUUCUGUAGCAAGGCAUUUUUCCAUUGGUCAGAGGGUGAUAGCACGAAAUUACACUGGAAAGUCAAAGGGGGUACCCGGUAUUGUCCGUGCACGAUUGGGACCCCUGUCUUAUAAAGUGGAGAUUGGGCCUAUCCUAGUUUGGCGUCGAGACAAGGAUGAACUCCUAGAUUCCAAUGUUCCUGUUGCAGACAGACACCUGCCAGUUUCAUACGCCUUGCUUUUUCCACUCCCAGCCACGACCACUGAUCACCCAGUAGCUGAGCCACCUGAACAGACAAAAGUUGUCUCAAUGGAGACAGACUGCCAGUCACCCAAAUGCAAUCCAGUGACUGAAUCGUCCGCUAGCAGCUCACCGAGCCAGAUUGAACAUGUUCCUGUUAGACGAUACCCUUCCAGAGUGUGGAAUCCCCCAGUUCGGAUGGAUCUUUGA